CUCUAAGAUCCAUAGUGCAAUGGCCAACAACGCGCCGAACGAGGUCGAGGAGACGAUCAAGGCGCUCAAGGCCAAGCCCGGCUUCUUCUCGUACAUCGUCAUGAACAACGACGGGAUCGUCAUCAAGUACGAGAACAUGGAGUACAAGAUGGCCGUCAUGCACGCGUACCACAUCCUCAACCUCUACGCGCGCUCCAAGAAAUACCUCACCAAGCUCUUUGACGCGGCCGAGAGCGACAUCGAGUGCCUCCGCCUCCGCACCAAGCUCCACGAAAUGAUCAUCGCGCAGUACGCCAAGUUUACGCUCGUCGUGCUCCAAGUCUCGGAAACCGAAGAGGUCAAGGUCGAGACCAAGAUCGACGAUGCCAAAGAAAAGGAAGCCGAAGAAAAACCAGCAGCCUAAUGAGCUUUAUACCUAUCCGUGUACAUAACGUCGAUGGCGUCUCUGUGAGGAUCGUCGGCGUCGCGACCGCUUCUUCCAUGCACCCCGUCCACCACCACCACUGCGUUCUCAACCCAACCACCGACAUCUGCA